ACUAAGGUGGCGAAGCUUGGCACUUUAAACACAACCAAACUUCGUAGCUUAACCUCAUUCUUUGACACUUGUCAAAAUAUAAUAAACAUUCUAAAGUUUUAAAAAUGAGUAGUGUUUAUAUUUUGGAGCCCCCAACUUCGGGAAAGGUGUUGUUGAAAACAACAGUUGGUGACAUAGACGUCGAAUUGUGGGCAAAAGAAACGCCAAAAACCUGCCGCAACUUCAUACAAUUGUGCCUUGAGGGCUAUUACGACAACACUAUCUUCCACAGGGUUGUUAAGGGCUUUAUAGCCCAAGGGGGUGACCCAAAUGGUGACGGUACAGGCGGAGAGUCAAUCUAUGGAGAGCCCUUCAAAGAUGAGUUUCACCAAAGACUCCGCUUUACGCGAAGAGGGUUGCUUGCGAUGGCCAACGGGGGCAAGGACGACAACGGGUCUCAGUUUUUCUUCACCCUGGGGGCGACUCCCGAAUUGCAAGACAAACACACGAUUUUUGGGAAAAUUACCGGAGACACGAUUUUUAAUAUGCUCAAGCUUGAGGAUGGGUUAAUAAGGGACGAAAGGCCGAUCUACCCUCACAAAAUCAUUAAAACGGAAGUUUUGAACAAUCCAUUUGCCGACAUCCAACCCAGGCUUAGACAGGUUGAGGUGAAGGAGAAGAAAAAGAAAGAGAAAAAGCCAGGAGUCAAGAAUUUUAAGUUAUUGUCGUUUGGGGAAGAGGCUGAGGAAGAUGAGGAAGAGUCAACGAGGGUCAAUGAAAAGUUUGUGGGCAAAGGCAAAUCCACACACGAUGUGUUAGAUGAUCCCAAAUUGAGCUCUAAAACGGAGGACGUAGAUGAGGAGAAUGAUGACGUGGAAGAAGUUAAUCCAGAAGAACAGUUAGAGAGCAUCAGAAAGAAACUAAAAAGAGAACACAAAAAACCUGUACCAACUUCCACAACAACGGCGGAACCGAUAGAUACAUAUGAGUCAUUCCUAGAGGAAGAGAGGCGCGAGAAAAAGAAAAAACAAUUUGAGGAGAUCCAAAAAGAAAUCCAGAACGUUAAAAAGGAAUACCAUAAAAAUAAGUUGAAAAAGAAGGAAGAGGACAUAAUUGCAACCGAGAAGAAGGUCCAAGAAGACAAGACAAUACAAGAGUACAAAGACGAGUUCGAUAAAUACAAAAAUAAAAAAGACGCAUUACCUAAAAAGGGAGCUGGGAGAGAACAGUUCACUUUGAAUUUGUUGGAAAAGUUCAAAAAGAAGAUACAGUCAAUGAAAGACGGGGAAGAGAAUGAAGAAGACAAUGAGGAAGAACAAGCGUGGUUGAAGCACAGACUGUGCUUCCAGGACAAAAACCCAGUCUUGGCAAAAGACGCCAAUAGAAAAGAUGACGAUUGGUUUGAAAUUUACGAUCCUAGAAACGCUUUGAAUAAACGACGACGUGGAGAAACCGUGGAGAAGUUCAAGAAAUAGUGUUGUUUGCUAUAUUAAAAAUAAAGAUUUGUAAUUUUA